CGUCAGCAUAUAAAGAGCCCGGGAGACGGCGCCUCUCAGACAUUCGCUCUGCGAGGACCAUGCGAGGAGCUGCCGUCUCCAUGCCAAGGUUAGACAAAAUGCCAGGAAUGUUCUUCUCUGCUACUCCCAAGGAGCUGAAAGGAACUGACCACUCGCUUCUGGAUGAUAAAAUGCAAAAAAGGAGGCCAAAGACCUUCGGAAUGGAUGUGAAAGCCUACCUGCGGUCCAUGAUCCCGCACCUGGAGUCUGGGAUGAAGACCUCCAAGUCCAAGGAGAUACUUUCUGCUGAUGAAGUAAUGCAGUGGUCUCAAUCUCUGGAAAAACUCCUUGCCACUCGAACUGGUCAAGAUGUUUUUGGAAGUUUCCUGAAGUCUGAGUACAGCGAGGAGAAUAUUGAGUUCUGGCUGGCUUGUGAAGACUACAAAAGCACAGAGUCUGAUCUCCUGCGCUGCAAAGCAGAGAAAAUAUUCAAAGCGUUUGUGCAUUCGGACGCCGCCAAGCAAAUCAAUAUUGACUUUCGCACUCGAGAAUCGACCGCCAAGAAGAUUAAAGCUCCAACCCUCACGUGUUUUGACGAAGCCCAAAAAAUCGUGUAUACUCUUAUGGAAAAGGACUCCUACCCCAGGUUCCUCAAAUCCAACAUCUAUUUAAAUCUUCUGAAUGACCUGCAGGCGAACAGUCUCAAGUGACCGUGUCCUGGUGGGAGGGAAGGACAGAUGGCAUCAAGAGCAGCAGGAGAGCUCCCGGAUGGCUCCCUGGGCCAGCGACGUGGCCUUCCUGGGUGGCCAGACCGG